AUGGAAGUGGCCAAACUUCCUGCAAUGGAAACCUCCCAGGGCUGCCCAGACAAGAAGCAGCUGAUCGAGGUCCAGGACUUCUUCAAAUACACCGAGAAAGCAGGCAGGGAGUUCUUCGAGAGCCUGGACAGGGACGAGGACGGACGGGUGAGCGUGCAGGACGUGCGCGAAGUGAUGCGCCGGCGGAAGCUGCCGGAGAGCUACGCCAGCCAGUUCAUCGCAGCUGCCAGGGGGCCGCGCUGCUGGGAUGAUUUCCAGGCCUACAUGGACGAGCGGGAGCCGAAGAUGUUGCGCGCUUUCACGUCGUUGGAGGUCAACCCGGCGGGCCAAUAUGACCUGAGCCACAUCAAGAGCACCAUCACCAAGCUGGGACUGUCGGCCACGGACGACAACUCCAAGGCCAUGAUGAAGGCUCUGGGGGCGGAGGCCGAUGACGGGUUUGUGUCGUACGGCAAGUUUCGCAAUUUUCUGGUGCUGCUCCCGGAGGCCAAGCUGGCCGAGGUGGACCCCAGCAUUGCCUGGUUCGAGGCCGCCACCAUGGUGCCCUUCGGCCCCCCUGCGCAGAAGGACAAGACGGGGAAGCUGCUGGUGCGAGCGGCGUUGGCCGGGGGGAUUGCGUCGGGCACAACCACCCUCAUGAUGUACCCUUUGGACACCCUCAAGACACGCGUGCAGAGCACCGCCGGCGCCACCAUCGGCUCCAUCGUCCGCUCUGUGCCUGACAUCGGCGUGCGGGGCCUGGGGAUCCUACCGGCGGUGUCGGGGCAGUUUGUGAGCCACGGCCUGCGCACGUUCGCAUACGAGGGCAGCCUCAACAUCAUGAAGGCCGUCACUGGGGGAGCGGCCGAGCUGCAGAUGCAAGGCUUGGCGAGCGGAGUGGGCACAGUGCUGGGAACUUGCAUCAGGAUCCCCUGCGAGGUCCUGAAACAGCGCUUACAGGUGGGCAGGCACGAUCACGUGCUGGAUGCACUGAGGGUGGCCACGCAGACAGAGGGCGUGCGAGGUCUGUUCAGGGGCACAGGAGCGCUGCUCUCCAGGGAGGUCCCCUUCUAUGUCUUUGGCAUGAUGGGCUACGCGCAGCUCAAGAGAAUCUUUGACGGGAGCGCGUUUGGGAGGGGCGGCCGAGACCUGCCCAACUGGGAGGUCAUUGCCAUCGGCGGCCUGGCCGGCGCCAUAGCGUCGAUCGCCACGACGCCGGCCGACGUGCUCAAAACGCGGAUCAUGACCGCCGCCGCCGGCGAAGCCGUCAGCGCAAGCGCCCUGCUGUCGAGCAUUGUGCAGAAGGAGGGCGUUGGUGCCCUGUUCAAAGGGGCGCUGCCACGUGCCAUCUGGACCGCCCCACUGGGCGCCAUGAACUUUGCAGGUUACGAGCUUGCUAAGAACGCUCUGAACAAUCGCGAAAAGAAUGCUAAUGCGGCCCUUCAGGAGAAAUACCUCUCUGUAGAGGACGGUUCUUCGUGA